UGUCGCCAAUAAGAAAUCUUACAAUAUCUGGCUACAUCAAAUCAAAAAAUACCUAUGAACCUUAUUUUUAUUUGAGUAAAAGUACCUACCAAUUUUUGCCAUCAAUCAUCAAAUUACUUUAGGUCAUUAAGAUAGUUUGCUUCUUGCGGUAGAACUGAUGAAAUAAAUUACUUCUUGUUAGAUAGGAAUACAUGGAUAAGGAAUAUCCUAAAAUAUAAUCAAUCAGGAAAAUAAAUUCAGUGUGCUUUUACAUUUUCAAAAUGGACGAUUGAGUUGAAAGUAUACCAAAAAAUUGUACAACAUUAUAAAGUACCUAGGCUACCUAUAAAAUAUGUGAUGGAAUUUCUUUCAUUGAUUUUAUGUCCGUUUCUUUUCGCGAAUAUGGUUUGUAGUUUGGAAAAUGACACGAAAUUUUCUCAAGUUCAAAGACUUAGAUUCGAAAGACGUCAAGGAAUUCGAUCAGAAUUCCCAAGUUGCACGUAUCAAGAAGGUCAAUUCUUAUGCAAAGAUAGGAUGAAAUGCAUCGACUUAAAAGACACCUGCGAUGGUGAAUGUCACUGCUGGGACUGCUCCGAUGAGAAUGAACUAUGUUGGAAAUAUGACGAAUUUAAAUGUCGAACGUGUACCCAUUCUUGUUUAACAACACCAAGCGGUCCUCAAUGUUUUUGUAAUGCCUCAAUCCCCGAAUCCGAAUCCAGUUCUAUAUGCAAAGAGAUUGAAGAAUGUGGUAAAGAUGCUACCUGUCAGCACAGGUGCGUUAAAUAUCAAGGUAUAGAGAGGUGUUCGUGUGGGGAAAACUAUAAAUCCAAGCCUCACACUUUGGGUCGUUCUUGUUUGACUUACGUGGCGUACGAAAAUGUUCUCAUAUAUUCGACGGAGCGCGAUAUUAAAUCAUUCAAUUUAGCCACCAACAGGACUUCACUGAUACAGAAAAAUGUCGAAUGUAAAGGUCUAUCUGCAGCUCAUACCUAUAUACUUUAUGGUGUGGCUGAUAAAAAGACAGGUUAUGUGUAUAAAACAACAGUUGCCUCCGGUGCAUCGAGUCGAGUUUUCGAGACACAUUCGCCGAUUAUAUUUUCCAUCGAUGUUGAUUGGCUGACUGGUAACAUAUAUUUUUCAACUGAUAAGGCGCUCGGAGUGUGUUCUAAAGAUGGGAAAUUAUGUGCUCUGAUUAAAACUUUGAGUUUUACUGAUUCUUGUCAUAUUGCUUUAGCUCCACGUUACGGAUUGUUGUUCCAUUCUUUGAGAGCCUUGCAUAAUCAGUAUGAAGAUUCUCGCAUAAUAAAAUCGUCGAUGGAUGGAUCAGAUGAAACAGAUUUGGUCCAUGAAGGCCUUCGUCAUCCAAUGUCUUUGACCGUUGACGAAUCUUCGCAAAGGGUUUACUGGAUGGAUUGCGAUUUGGGUGAAAUUGAAUCCAUACAGUUUAAUGGAAUGAAUAGGAAGAUUUGGUAUUCAGAAUCACAAAAAAAUAUUUUCACCAUGAGCACAUUCGAAGGCAAUGUCUUUUGGACAGAAGAGAAAAAAAAUAUCAUUUACAUGAAUUUUGAAGACAACCCAAAGUUUAUCACUGAUUUAGAUGCAUCGUCAGUGAAAUACUUGAAUGCAUUUAACCCAAAAGUGCAACAAACUAAAAUUCCUAAUCCUUGCAAAAAAGCAUCCUGCAAAGGCAUGUGUUUACUUCGUCCCUCAUCGUCAUCGCCACAACUGAAUUACACCUGUUUAUGUGAUAAUGUUGAUCUCUCGAGUACAAAAUACUGGUGUAAUAAUCAUUCUGCACAAGUCGAAUGGCAACACGAUCAACCAGAAUACGAAGGUUUACCUCUAGAAGUACCACCCGAGGAAAAAACUAAAGGGACGAGUACUUUUGCACUUGUGCUCGAGUUUAUUGUUCUGAUAAUUUUGGGCACUGGUUUGGGUUAUUUUAUGUACCGGAAUCGAAUAUUGCAAAGAUAUUACGAUAGAGUUAGAAACUGGGGUAGGCAACAGUAUGACGAGUUGAAUACGAACGAAUAUGUAGCAAUGUAGAUCACUUAAAUCUUGUACUAGCCUUUUCUGCUGGAUUUCAAUUCUAGGUAGGUACCUAUGUAAAUAAUUAUAAAAUAAGAAAUAAGAUUGAAGGAUGUUUAUUGGAUAAGUUUUCAUCAGUAGGUAAUGUUUUUACCUACACCAUCGAAAUAUUUGUAAUUUUAAAUAACUCUAUGUACGUGUAAUAAAUAUUUUCUUGUUUUUA